UCAGAAGAAGCAAAUUUAGAAAACCCCAACUGUCAAAUAACAAACCAAUAUACAUUGCGAAUUUGUAACGCAGUUAAGCAAAAGGAUCGUUUUCUGUCGAGAUUCAGCCUUCCGACACCGCAACCUCAACAAUUGCAGCAAUUUUUCAAUUGUUUGAGGGAAAACAACAUGAGUCUGGCAUGUCUUGUUUGCCACAGCAUAGAAAGCCCGUCACAUUCGUUCAGAAGCUACUCUGUAUCGAGUUCAGACAAUGAAGGAAGAUGCUUUGUGGUUGCCAGUUGCUUGACAAGAAAAUUCUCUCUUCCGAAUCCUACUAUCACUUCGUCUAAAGUCAUGCCUCAGCCGAUUAUUUCAAGUGGAGGGGUCACGGGGGCCCCACGCCUCGUUCGAAGCCGAGCUGUAAGAAGGGACCUCGUUCGAGACUGGAAUUUUGAUGGAGAAAUGGAGGACUAGUCGCAAAAGGAAGAUGGAUUAUUGUUUUACUUCUAACGCGUUGUUUAGAUUUUUGUGUUUUUAAUUCUUCUUUUAUUUUCANAUGGAGAAUG